UGGGUUACCACUGCACAGUGUAGGCCAGAUUACACUGGGGACGUCUCCCGCGAGAUUAUCUGUAGAUCUUAAGGUCGUAUUUAGUUACGUGUGAAAAUAAUCGCGUGAAAAUAAUCGUUAAGCCUGUCAGGACUUGGGUAUAAAAGGGCACAGUGCCGUAGCCCAGCAGUGCAGCACACAGGACCAUCCCACCUCCAUACCUGAGACGGCGCACAGCAGAAUGGGGUACACCGCCACCCUGGCCCGACUGCUGGUCCUCCUCGCCUGCUUGGCACAGACCACAUCCGCUUCCUGUGUGGUGGACAGCUUCCCGGUCAAGCAGGACUUUGACACGCGCAGAUACAGCGGAAUGUGGUACGGCCUCCAAAAGAGGGACCCCGAGGGCUUGUUCCUGCAAGAUAACAUCUCUGCUAACUAUACCAUUGAUGACGAUGGAGUCAUGACUGCCCAUACUAAAGGCCGCGUCACACUUUUCGGGUUCUGGGUAGUUUGCGCUGACAUGGCUGCCCAGUACACGGUCCCCGACCCCAGCACCCCGGGCAAAAUGUUCAUGACCUACCAAGGCCUGGCCAGCUACCUGUCCAGCGGCGGCGACAACUACUGGAUCAUUGACACCGACUAUGACAACUACGCCAUCACCUACGCGUGCCGCGUGCUGAAGGAGGACGGCACCUGCGAUGACGGCUACGCUGUGGUCUUCUCGCGUAACCCCCGUGGCCUGCCGCCGGCCAUCCAGCGCCUCAUCCGAAGGAAGCAGGAAGAGAUCUGUUGGUUAGGCCAGUUCCAGCCUGUUCUACAGUCAGGUGCCUGCUAGUGAUACAGGACGCCUGAAGCAUGCUGGCACAAGAGGACACAUCUUCUCACUGGAGGCACCAUCCCUGAUCCUGGAGUGCCAGAGUCCUACAGCUUUUAGAAUACUUUUAAUUAGUUCCUGCAUGAUGUCCGAUACACCAAGGCAGGGGACAUAUACUACGCAUAUUUCAAUACAGCUAUGAGUGGUCGUCCAGCAUAAAGCAUCACAGUCCACGAGAACCAUGACUUUAAGCCCCCGAUCGUAGACUUUAGAUAGUAUCUCCACAAUGACCCACUAGUGUUGGAUGCUAUU